ACCGGCUAUGUCUAGCCAGUAGCGUAAUUCACCCAUACAAAUACAAAACCAAAAUAAGCUCGACGUUGGUCAAGUACAAUUCAAUCUCUGACUAGGCAUUUCGCACGACCAGAUCUUUACACCUCUCUGUGAUCUAAGCCGAGAUCCAAACCCCAAAAUCCUAAUUCUCUUUUCAAUUUGGAGAAAAUGGGGGUCGAAAAUGCUGACGACACUUCGGCGGUGGCUAGCCUCCUCCCUCUCGCUUCCGUCUCUCAGCAGCCCUACGUUUCUGAGCUUCUCUCAUUCACUCUCGAUCGCCUCCACAAAGAACCUGAGUUAUUGCGAGUUGAUGCGGAGAGGAUUCAAAGGCAAAUGCAGGAAGUAGCGGUGGGCAAUUACCGUGCGUUCAUUGCCGCUGCCGAUGCGUUACUUGCAAUUAGAGAGGAAGUGACUUCUAUUGAUAAGCAUCUUGAAUCUCUGAUAACUGAGAUCCCAAAGCUGACAUCUGGUUGCACAGAGUUCAUUGGAUCUGCUGAACAGAUUUUAGAGGAGAGGAAGAUGAACCAAAAAUUGCUAGCAAACCAUAGCACAUUGCUGGAUUUGCUUGAAAUUCCUCAACUUAUGGACACGUGUGUAAGGAAUGGAAAUUAUGAUGAAGCUCUCGACUUGGAAGCAUUUGUUUGCAAACUCUCAACCAUGCACCCCAAUUUACCUGUCAUUCAGGCAUUAGCUGCAGAAGUUAGGCAAACCACCCAAUCUCUUUUGUCUCAGCUUCUUCAGAAACUUCGAUCUAACAUCCAGUUGCCUGAAUGCCUCCGGAUUAUUGGCUAUUUGCGUCGAAUAGGAGUAUUUAGUGAGUAUGAAAUGCGUUUGCAGUUUUUGAAAUGUCGAGAGGCAUGGCUUACUGGUAUUCUGGAGGAUCUGGACCAGCGAAAUGCAUAUGAGUACUUGAAAGGGAUGAUAAAUUGUCAUAGAAUGCAUCUUUUUGAUGUUGUUAACCAAUAUAGAGCAAUAUUUGCUGAUGACACAUCUGGAAGUGAAGAAAAUUAUGAUGGUGGGCUUCUUUUUAGUUGGGCUAUGCAUCAGAUUACUGCACACCUUAAAACUCUUAAAGUCAUGCUCCCAAAGAUAACUGAGGGUGGAUCUCUAUCAAAUAUUUUGGACCAGUGCAUGUACUGUGCAAUGGGACUUUGUUGGGUUGGCUUGGAUUUUCGGGGCUUGCUUCCAUCACUUUUCGAGGAGGCUGUUCUCAACUUAUUCUCAAAGAAUAUGAGUGCAGCAGUUGAAAAUUUUCAGUUAGUUCUGGAUUCACAUCGCUGGGUUCCACUACCAGUAGUUGGCUUUCCCACCAAUGGUAUUGGUGAUGAAAAUCAGGAGGAUGUGACUCCACCAUCUUAUCUAAUGGAACAUCCACCUCUUGCAGUGUUUGUUAAUGGUGUGUCUGCUGCAAUGAACGAACUACGUCCUUGUGCCCCAAUAAGUUUGAAGUUUGUUCUUGCUCAAGAAUUAAUUAAGGGCUUGAGGGCUGUUUCUGAUUCUCUAUUAAGAUACAAUGCAACUCGGAUGCUUAGAGAAAAUGAAUCUGCACUUUUCCUCUCACUUUGCCGAGCUUUUAUAGAGGUGGCUUAUCCACAUUGUGCCACAUGCUUUGGUCGCUGUUACCCAGGGGGCACUGCUCUUAUCAUGGAUGCAAAGAAUCUAUAUGAUGGAAUUGGCCGGCUAUUGGCAACCUCAUCAUCAAGAGAACUCCCAAAACCGGUCAAUAAUCCUGAGGAAAAGAGUAUAACAGAAAAUGGGGACCUGCCUGUGGUGGAAAAUGGAGUUAUUCCAGAGGCGGAACAAACACAGGGUAACGAUGCAGAUGAAAAGGAGCAGAAAAGCCCUACUUUGCAGACAGAUGGAAAGCUUACUGAUGCAUGAAACACCAAAUGGAUAAUUCAAUCCUGGUACACACCCAAAAAAGAAAAUCCUGAUUGAGGCCCACCAUUAAUUUUGUAGUUCUCCACUCUUUUUUUUUUUUUUUUAACUCAGUCUGCGCCCCAUUAUUUUGUAAAAUCCUGUCAAAUGAUGCUCAUUAUUUUAUGAUUUGUUGAGACAUAAAGAGGAAGAGAUUAUUUCAUGGAGAGUUAUAUGUGAUA